GGAACGGGACGGCCUGGUCGGGUCGCCCCGGCCGCCUCUCCCUCCCUCCGAUCUCGCAAAGCCCCGGUGAGUGACGACGGCGCAAGGAAGGAGGGAGGACGCCUGGCGCCCCUCCCGGGCCCACCCCCCGCCACGUGGCACCCCGUUGACGACGCUGACACCUCCCCCCAUCUCGGCAUCUCCCCCCCCCCUCGUCGCUUUUGCGCGUCACCUCCACACCACCGCGCGGCAUCAAAAACCCACCACCGCGGCACCGCCCCCCAAAGCCUCUCUCUCCCCCUCUCCACCUCCACCGACCCUUCUAGAACCUUCUAGAACGCCCCCCCGCCCAUGGCCCCGCCCCCCUCGCUCGCCCCCGAUCGCGGCGGCGGCGAACCCGACGACGCCCUCCGCCUGCGGGCCCGCGCCGCCGCCGCCGCCGGUGACGCUCCCGCUCCGCAGCAGCAGCAGGAGCAGAGGCAUCAGGAGCAGCAGCAGCAGCUGCUCUGGUACCGCGCGUCGGCGCCCGCCCACCGCCGCGUCAGGGAGAGCCCCCUCAGCUCCGACGCCAUCUUCCGCCAGAGCCAUGCAGGCCUUCUGAACCUAUGCAUUGUUGUGCUGGUUGCUGUGAACAGCAGACUUAUUAUUGAGAAUUUAAUGAAGUAUGGCCUACUAAUUAGAGCUGGAUUUUGGUUUAGUGGAACAUCGCUGGCAGAUUGGCCUCUUCUCAUGUGCUGUCUCACUUUACCAACUUUCCCGCUUGCUGCACUUAUGGUUGAGAAGUUGGCUCAAAGAAAACUUAUUAGUAAACAUGUGGUUAUUCUUCUCCAUAUCGUUAUUACAACAUCUGUCCUUGUCUAUCCAGUUGUUGUGAUUCUAAAGUGUGAUUCGGCAGUAUUAUCUGGAUUUGUGUUGAUGUUUCUUGCAAGCAUUAUUUGGUUGAAGCUUGUUUCUUUUGCUCAUACAAAUUAUGAUAUAAGAAUGCUGUCCAAAAGUAUUGAAAAGGGCGUGACACAUGACAUUUCUAUAGAUCCGGAGAACAUUAAAUGGCCAACCUUUAAAAGGCUAUCCUACUUCAUGUUGGCCCCAACACUUUGUUACCAGCCAAGUUAUCCCCGAACUACAUAUAUUAGAAAAGGUUGGGUGGUCCGACAACUGAUAAAAUGCCUUGUUUUUACAGGCUUGAUGGGUUUUAUAAUUGAGCAAUACAUAAAUCCAAUUGUGAAGAAUUCGAAGCAUCCAUUGAAAGGGAAUUUCUUGAAUGCUAUAGAGAGAGUAUUGAAAUUAUCAGUGCCAACAUUAUAUGUCUGGCUUUGCAUGUUCUACUGUUUUUUCCAUCUCUGGUUGAAUAUUCUUGCUGAGCUCCUCUGUUUUGGUGAUCGUGAAUUCUACAAGGACUGGUGGAAUGCCAAAACAGUUGAAGAGUAUUGGAGAAUGUGGAAUAUGCCUGUUCACAAGUGGGUCAUUCGACAUAUAUAUUUUCCAUGCAUAAGGAAUGGUUUUUCAAAGGGUGUUGCUAUCCUAAUCUCGUUCCUGGUUUCAGCUGCAUUUCAUGAGCUAUGUGUUGCUGUUCCAUGCCACAUUUUUAAAUUCUGGGCAUUUAUUGGGAUCAUGUUUCAGAUUCCCCUGGUAUUCUUGACGAAAUACCUUCAAGAUAAAUUCAAUAACACAAUGGUGGGCAACAUGAUAUUUUGGUUCUUCUUCAGCAUCCUGGGGCAACCAAUGUGUGUUCUCUUAUACUACCAUGAUGUCAUGAACAGGCAACAAGCCCAAACAAAUAGAUAGCCCUGCUGAGAACAUGUACCAUAAAACAGAUCAUCAGAAGCAAAUUAACUCGCCGCAAGGUAACAAGCAUCAUCGCUCCGUUUCACCAUCGCCUGUUGAUCAUCUUGCCAAGCUUAACUCGCCACAAUGCAGAGUGUACAUUACUACUGGUGUCCCAGUGUUGUAGCUGAACAUCAUAAGCACACAGUUCUCCUGACAUGUGUGGACUCUGUAUACUUUUCAUUCUGCAUGUCAGCAAUGCUGUUUAGAUAUAAUGUCGAGCUAGAUGUAAAUGAAUGUACCACCCUGAAAAUACAACUUGCGUUGGAAGUUCGAAUGAGCGGAAGGCUCACCUAGAGAGAGAAUAUGGGUACAUGUAUAGAACAAACAGCAAAACCUGGUAUUUAACCUGUUAUAAUGUCAGAUGCCCAGCCAUAAUUGUGUAUUAACGUUGCUGGAAAGAAGAAUAAAGCAACAUCGUUCUGUUCUGAUCUCAA